UUCUUCAAAAGCACUCCCAACUGGGGGUAUUGGCAUAAACAAGAUGGAGAUGGAGAAUCUUGGAGGUUCUUGUUUGAGGAGUACAAGGUUAGAGAGGUGGUUCGCUACAAGAUAUGAGCCAAAUAAGAAAGAAGCCCCAAAAUGUUCAGUUGAUGAACAGAUAUCAAAAAAGGAGAAGGGUGAUGAUAUAUAUGUGGAUGAUAAUGGGUGGAGUUCUGUUCUGAUAUCAUGUUUCAGAAUUAUCACCUGCUUUCUCACAAUGAUGGUUACUACUUUGUUUUGGCUGAUUAUGCUUCUGCUCCUGCCAUGGCCUUACCACAGGAAUAGACAGGGCAAUAUAUAUGGCCACCUCACUGGUAGAUUACUGAUGUGGAUACUUGGGAAUCCAAUAAAGAUUGAAGGCUCUGAAUAUUCCAAUGAGAGGGCUAUUUACAUUUGCAACCAUGUAUCCCCUUUGGACAUUUUCCUCAUAAUGUGGCUGACACCCACAGGGCCUGUUGGCAUUGCAAAAAAGGAGAUCACAUGGUACCCUCUGUUUGGACAACUUUACAUUCUCGCUAACCAUCUUCGUGUCGAUCGAUCGAAUCCAAAUGCAGCAGUUGAGUCCAUGAAGCAGGUAGCUCGAGUAGUUGCGGAGAACAAUUUGUCGUUAAUCAUAUUCCCCGAGGGUACUAGGUCCAAGAAUGGAAGGCUGCUACCCUUCAAAAAGGGCUUUGUCCAUUUGGCAUUGCAAACACAGCUUCCAAUCGUUCCUAUUGUCAUGACUGGCACCCAUCGAGCUUGGAGAAAGGGCAGCUUACAUGUCCGACCAGCUCCUCUAACUGUGAAGUAUCUACCUCCAUUAACAACAGAUAAUUGGACAGUAGAAAAGAUCGACGAACAUGUGAAAAUAGUACACGAUACUUAUGUCGAACACCUACUGGAGUCGCAAAGACCUCUUCAGUGAUAAGAAUCUUCUGUUGCUUCA